CCGGGCGCCCCCAACCGCCGGCGCCCGCUGCCAGGCAGCGGCGGGGAUGGCCAGCCGCGGAGCCGGGGCGGUGACGAGAGCAACGGGGCCGCCAUUGGACGAGGACGCCUGAGGGACGGGUCAGGGUGGUGAACAAGGAGACGCCGAGGCGGGUGGCCCCGAGAGCUCGAGGGCCAUGGAGGCCGGCAUGCCGAAGCGGAAGGAGUCUGCCAAGUCCCUGCGCAUCAAAGUCAUCUCCAUGGGCAACGCCGAAGUGGGGAAAAGCUGUAUUAUAAAGCGAUACUGUGAGAAAAGAUUUGUGUCUAAAUACCUUGCAACAAUUGGAAUUGACUAUGGAGUCACAAAGGUACAAGUCAGAGACAGAGAAAUCAAAGUUAACAUCUUUGAUAUGGCUGGACAUCCCUUCUUCUACGAGGUUCGGAACGAGUUUUACAAGGACACACAGGGUGUGAUACUGGUCUAUGACGUUGGGCAGAAAGAUUCCUUUGAUGCCCUUGAUGCGUGGCUGGCAGAAAUGAAGCAGGACCUUGGACCGCAUGGAAACAUGGAGAAUAUUGUAUUUGUAGUGUGUGCCAAUAAGAUCGAUUGUACCAAGCACCGGUGUGUAGAUGAAAGUGAGGGUCGUCUCUGGGCCGAAAGUAAAGGGUUCCUAUACUUCGAGACUUCAGCGCAAACUGGGGAAGGAAUCAACGAGAUGUUCCAGACCUUCUAUUUAUCCAUAGUGGAUUUAUGUGAAAAUGGUGGGAAACGUCCAGUCACCAACAGCAGUGCUAGUUUCACCAAAGAACAAGCAGAUGCCAUUCGCAGAAUUAGAAACAGUAAAGACAGUUGGGACAUGUUGGGGGUCAAGCCUGGAGCCUCAAGGGAGGAAGUCAACAAAGCAUAUCGGAAACUCGCUGUGCUUCUGCACCCUGACAAGUGCGUGGCCCCUGGCAGUGAAGAUGCCUUCAAAGCAGUUGUGAAUGCCCGGACAGCCCUCCUGAAAAGCAUCAAGUAGGAAAGAGAGAAAACAGUGUGGGCCAUAAGAGCAAGGACACUUUCACAGAGGUGAACCGGCCAGCAUGGAUUUGCCCUCCACAGAUGGUUCCGUACUUGUCACUGUGCGCGGUCAUUGUGAGCCCUUGGCCCAGGAGGCUGUCACUUCCUGGGCACUUUACACAGGGGAGAGCCAAGGGCCACUGAUGUCUCGCUCAUUUCAUAUCUCCAAAUAACCUGAAUUUCUUUUCAUUUGUAAGCUCUGAUACUGCAGCAUCCCCUAGGCCUUUUGCUCCUAAGAGUCCUGGGUUUCUGUAGGGGGGAAGGAGGACUGGCACACCCUUCACUUUUCAUUUAUUUAUUUAUUUAUUUGAUUGAUCAUCAAAAGAAACCACAGAAACGGAAGCAGAUAGCAUUAAAAGCCCUGAAGACUGAGUGUGACCUCGCAAGCAGACUGCUCCUUUCCCAGUGAGCUCCACAGGUCCUGGGUCCACAAUUAGCCAUCAGUCUACAGUGAAUGAGUGCUUGGCCGCCGUUUGGAAGCUUGUGGAAAGAGGCAAUAUGGUUCCUGAACUGAAUGGCCCUUGAGGACAUUCUCUGCUCCCUUUUCUAACCACCAGGGGGGGAGGAGCCAGUCCGGAGCCAGCCAGGCGGCAGCCCGGUGCCCGCAACCCAGUGUCAGUGCUGGCCCCGGCCCUGAGCCUUCUCCAGCCCGGGGAAGGUGUGCAGGGAGCCGAGGAGUCGGGUCAGACCCAGGCCACGCCACUCUGUCCACGCGGCCCUGAAGGGCAAGGCCUGAGGCACCGCCCUCCCGGCUGUGUCGCUGCUGGGGGGAGCCUGGGUGAGGCCACGCCGGCGGCCAGGCCUCCUGGUCCUCAUCUGCCUUAGGGCCCCGCCCCUUCUCUUCCUCUCGUUUUCUUUCUCCUCCUCUGCUGUCAUUUCUCUCUUGAUCCCUGGCUUCCGGCCACUGCCUCCUCCACCCUCCCUUACAAGAUGUGACCCCUGGCCUGAUUGACUCGCCACAAAUAUGGGCCUUUUGGAUGUUGCUGGAAGGGGAGAUCUGAAAGCCUGUGUGGGAGGAAUCUGGAGAAUGCUCGCUUGGGCUCCCAAUUUCUGAAUAGUAAUAGUUUUAAACUUUGCAUUAUGAAAACUAAUUUCUCAAAGAGAAACGCAUUCUCUUGCCGUGCUCAGUAUACACAGGCGGAGAGGAUCAGGUGUUGGGGCUGGGCUGUCCUUGGGUCAGGGAGCCGCUCCCCGCGAGACGCUGUGUCACCCCUCUCUCUGCGCCACUCAUGUUUUUACCUGUGAUCGUGCUGCACUGUUUUGGGCUUUAAAGUACACAAAAUGUUACUACCCUUAAGUUUUAGACAGCUACCCCAUAUUGACUACCAAAUAGCAUCUCCCCACUUAUGUUUCGUUGGCUCCCACUGCAGUCUUCUGGACCCCUCCCCGCUCCAGAGCCGCCCACUUGGUGUGACUGCACUCAGGCUGCUCUGAAGAAAAUUAUUUUCUAGUAUGAAUUUUCAUCUUGGUGAUGCUGAAAAUGCUUGUCUCGUGAACUGAGACCCGAGACGGCAUUUCUCGUGAGAUUUCCCUCUGGCCUUUUCAUUUGAUUUACUUGCCAGGAUGGCCGAACUCCAGCCCAAAGUUCUGGGCCUGAAGCUUGCAUACAGCUUUCAUCAUGCCUAAAGCUAUCUGCCCCUCCAACAGAAUUUGAGCAUCACGAAUGGGGCUUGUGCAUGGCAGCGUCAGCCCGGCUGGCGUGACAGCUCACUGCGUGUGGCCCUCUGGAGCGGCAGGGGCCAGUUUGCCCCACUGCGGUUAAUGCUAGCUCGGCCACCGUGCUCAGCUGUAGCGUGCAGAUGAGCAGCUCAGCAGAGAUUUCGGUAGUGCUUUUGGUCAUCUCCUUGCCGACGAGUUGCUGCAAGCCUGAUCUAAUUCUGGAGUCCUGAGGCGGAGUCCCCAGCGCCUUCGUUUUUAAUGUUAAGGAAGGCCAUGUGCUACUUCAUUUAAGUAAGAGAAAGAAAAGAAAGGUUCAGAAUAUUUCUAAUCUCUAUAAACCUUAAGUAAAGUAUUAAGAGAUGAUACAGCAUGAUUCUCCAUUAAAAGUUUUUUGGAUAUAAACUUCGUACAAGACCUUACAGGCCUUUGUACAUUAAGUUCUUGGUGCGAAUAUGUAUUUUGUAGUUCACUGUACUAAUUCUUGAGUCAGUUAAAAUUUCAGAAUACCUCAUUGAGGCUAAUAACUAGCAGAAUAAUUUCAGUGGCUAAAAAAGAAAUUCAUGAUUUUGGUUUUCAAAAAAGAAUAAAAGUUUGAACAGCUAUUAUUAAAGGAAAGCCAUUUAUUCCCAUCUGAGUCACCAAGAAUUAACACUUUUGAAACUUGUUAGAAGCCCCUAGAGGCAUUUCCAGUUAAUCGACCAACCUACCUGAGCACUUUAAAAUACACCCUUUGUUUCUGCCCCCACCCUGUCCUCCUCUGUCUCCUCCUUCGAGUUGAUAUUCUCAACUGUCAACAUUUCUUUCACUUCAGCAUUACACAGUUUUAUUUUGCGUAGAUGUGUCCUCGGAGUGCAGACUGGGGUAUUGUGUGAUUGCCCAAGGUCAGUUGCUGUAAUUUUGUAGACUGUCCACUAUUCUUUAAGGCUGACGUUUACCUCAGGAAGCUCGCUCUGUUGUAUCUUCAUGUACUGAAUUCCCAACUGUUAAGUGUUUCUUUCUACCCAUACAUUAGUACCUGAUUCACUGUUAGUUCGAUGAGCCAUAGACGAGGCAGCUACAUUCCUUGUAGAAACCAGAGUUAGUGAGCAGGCCCUGAAAGUGCGGAGUCUGUGGGGAAGUAGCUGCGCCUCACUGAAGUGACCAGGCCUAAAGGGAGAAGGAGGCAUUUCAUCCUCGCUUUAGGGAGUUAGUGACAGGGCUGUUCUUCAAAGUGACUGAGUGGAAGGCACCCUCUCUCCACUGAGCCCCAUCUAACACACUCGGAGCUGGCUAUUUGUGUCAAACCUUUGAAAAUGAAUUUAGCUGCAAAUACAGCUAACCACCAGCCACUGCACAUUUUGCAAGGUGAAGAAAGCUUCCUACUUCUUAUGGUUGGUGUUUAGCACAAACAGUUAAUACUAUUUGUACAUCGUUUUUUCUCUACUCAGCUUCUAGAAAAGACAAGCUUAAGUUUGUGGUGUGGAGAAGUUAGAUAGGGUCUCACAAGCAGUGGGAUUGUAAACUGUGCAAUAAAGGCUGUUGGUGAAAUGGCUUGUGGGGGAGCUAGACCGUAUGAGAGAACUUCCUGUAUCCAUUAUUUGGAGUGUUCUUCCUCUUUGACUGUGAAUGCGGAGUCUCUAAAAGAUCCUUUGCUCUAACGAGGUAAUUUACAUAUUUUUCUUUUUGUUGAAAUAAUUGCAGAUGUUAAAUCUAACAGUUGUUUAUGUCUUGUAUAGAGAGUGUCACAUGUAUUUAAGUUGCGUAUUUUUAUAAAAUAAAGCCAAAUAUGGA